CCCAACUCUCCUGGUUCACCACAUCAACAUACAAUGGUUUUAACAUACAAUGUUUGUUCUGAAACCAAAUAAUAUUGUAACACUGUAGCUCCUUUGGAUGUGUUGAGUUGGUGACCUACUUAGGAUUGUGGGCACCGGCAUUUGCCACCUCCUUCCAUUCUGCAUAUUAUCCAGCAGAGGGAGCCAAAGCGCCGCUCCCGACCCCAAUCUGCAAGGAGGAGUCAGGACAGAAAGGAGUAAAAAAGUAAACUCCCUCCAAACUGAGGAGAAGUGAUCCCCCUGCUGACAUGUCUGGAAUGGGGAAGAGAUGAAGUGUAAGAAGGGCGCAGGAGAGCGACGUGUUUACAGGGAAGCGCCGCUUCAUCGCUGCGGGAGGUGUCAGUGGGGAUGAGCGGCGCCGUGUGACCCAUGUGGGAUGUGAGGCUGUCAGGCGGGGCGCACGUAAUCCGGACUGUUGUGUAUGGCAGUGAUCAGCUGAUCCCAGCCUUCCAUAUCUGCCCGGGAUGUGCAGGACGCUCCGGGCUUGAGUCCUGUAUGUGACCCCGGGAGAUGUGCUCUGGUGACCCCCGCCAUGGCUCUGAGUAAGGGGCUGAAGAUCCAUGUGAAGCCGGAGCCGGCGUGUUACAGCGUCCUGCUGGAGUCCCGCCAGAGGGAGGACUGUCUACUCUUCGAGUCCGGGACGAUCGCCACUCUGACACCUGAUGAAAAGGAAGCAAUUAAAGGGCAAUAUGAGAGACUGCAGGAGGCAUAUGGAUGUCUGGGGGUGCUUCAGCUGAAAUCAGGGAAUUCUCGGCUGCACUUUCUUGUCUUGGUAAGCAAUUGCACCUCUGUGGGACGAAUUUUAAAUGCUGAAGUUUACAAAAUUACAUCAACUGAAUUCUGUCCACUACAAGAAGAGACCAAAGAGGAGGAACGAGUCACAGUUCUCAGGAAGAUGCUGAAUUCAGGGAUGUUUUAUUUCUCUUGGCCAAAUCCAGGAUCACAUUUUGACCUCACAGUUCGGGCCCAAGAUCAGGAUGAAAAAAGAUGUUAUGAACCUGGGAACUGGUUCUUCUGGAACAGACUGUUGCACAUGCCUUUGAAACACUAUCAAGUCAACUGUUCAGAUUGGCUGUUGAAGGUCAUCUGUGGAGGGGUAGAAAUCCGUACUGUCUAUGCCUCCCAUCGGAAAGCCAAGGCUUGCCUUAUCUCACGUAUCAGCUGUGUGCGGGCAGGUGCCAGGUUCCACAUCCGUGGAGUAGAUGACGAUGGCCACGUUUCUAACUUUGUUGAAACAGAACAGACGAUCUAUGUGGAUGAUGAUGUUUCCUCCUUUGUUCAAAUCAGAGGAUCUGUCCCAUUAUUCUGGGAACAACCAGGGCUGCAGGUUGGCUCUCAUCAUCUUAAGAUUACCAGAGGAAUAGAGGCCAAUGCCCCAGCUUUUGACAGACAUAUGAUGUUGUUGAAGGAGCAAUAUGGCAAGCAAGUCAUUGUUAAUCUUCUGAGAAGCAAAGGAGGGGAAGAGAUUAUAAGUCGUGCCUUUAAGAAACUACUGUGGGCAUCUUUGCAUGCAGAGGAUGUGCCCAUGAUAAACUUUGAUUAUCACCAGCUUGUCAAAGGAGGGAAAAUAGAAAAGCUUGAGCACUUACUAAAGCCUCAGUUAAAGCUGAACAUAGAAGAAUUUGAUGUCUUUACCAAGAGAGAGAAUCUAACAACCCGUUUACAGAAAGGGACAUUUCGUAUCAAUUGUCUAGACUGCUUACACCGCACAAAUGGUGUACAAGCCUACAUCGCACUUGAGGUUCUACGGACCCAGCUUGAAAGUCUAGGACUGGUUGAUAUGAAGUCUGUUGUUGAGCGCUUUGAUGAGUCUUAUAAAUCCAUGUGGUCUGUUAAUGGUCACAACCUCAGCAUGAUAUAUACAGGCAGUAGAGCUCUGGAGGGUAAAACUAAUGUUGGAAAACUUAAAGAUGGAGCUCGUACAGUUUCUCGGACAAUACAGACAAAUUUCUUUGAUGGUGCAAAGCAAGAGGCUAUUGAUCUGCUACUCUUGGGAGAUUUUUACAGUGAUGAGUAUGCAGACAAAGGGCGGAUGUUAAUGGACAGCUCUGCUCUGCUAGUUAAUCCAAGUGCUUUAAAGUCCAUGUUAGAACGUCAGUUUGAGUUUACAAAUUUUAAAAAGACUCGUGUUGCUGUGGGAACCUGGAAUGUAAAUGGAGGAAAGCAGUUCCGAAGCAAUGUCCUUAGCACGAGUGAGCUCACAGACUGGCUACUUGAUGCUCCUAAACUAUCUGGACUUCCUGAUUUUCAGGAUGACGAAUGUGGCCCUCCAGACAUAUUUGCUGUAGGAUUUGAGGAAAUGGUUGAACUGAAUGCAGGAAAUAUUGUUAGUGCAAGCACUAAAAAUAGAAAAGUAUGGUCUGAGCAGAUACAGAAGGCCAUCUCCAGAUCUUAUCGGUACAUAAUGUUGACCUCUGCGCAACUUGUUGGAGUCUGCCUUUUUAUUUUUGUUCGGCCAUACCACAUGCCUUUCAUCAGAGAACUGGCAGUGGAUACUGUAAAGACUGGUAUGGGAGGCAAAACCGGGAACAAAGGAGCAGUGGCUGUGCGUUUCCAGUUCUACAGUACUAGUUUUUGCUUUAUAUGUAGUCACUUUACUGCUGGACAAUCCCAGGUAAAAGAAAGAAAUGAGGAUUACAAAGAGAUCACCCAGAAAUUAAGUUUUCCCUUGGGCAGAAAUGUCUUUUCACAUGAUUACGUGUUCUGGUGUGGAGACUUUAAUUACCGGCUGGACCUCACAUAUGAAGAAGUGUUCUACUUUAUCAAGCGUCAGGACUGGAAGAAACUACUUGAGUUUGACCAACUUCAGCUUCAAAAGUCCAAUGGAAAAAUAUUCAAGGACUUCUUUGAAGGUACAAUCCACUUUGGACCAACUUACAAGUAUGACAUUGGGUCAGAAGCUUAUGACACAAGUGAAAAGUGCAGAACUCCAGCUUGGACAGAUAGAGUAUUAUGGUGGCGAAAGAAGUUACCAUUUGAAAAAUCAGCUGGAGACAUUAACCUGCUAGAUAAUGACGUGGAUUCUAAAGUAAAACACACAUGGAGUCCUGGUGCUCUGAUGUAUUAUGGGAGAGCAGAGAUUCCAUCAUCUGAUCACAGACCUGUUCUAGCCAUUGUGGAGGUGGAAGUUCAGGAGGUGGAUGUGGCAGCCAGAGAGAAAGUAUUCCAGGAAAUAUCCUCUUCCCAGGGUCCUUUGGAUGCCACAGUUGAAGUCCACAUAGACUCCCCGACACCUGAGGAGAAAGCAGAGUUUCCUGAAGAUCUAAGUUCAGAGCUUGUUGAACGAUUUCAGAAUCACGGCACUGUUGUCCUUGUACGGUUAAUUGAAGGGCAAAUGAUGGUGACAUUUGCAGACAGCAGGGCAGCAUUAAGAGUUCUUGAUCUGGAUGGCUUGAAGGUAAAUGGAAAAACAGUAAGAAUAAAACCAAAGACAAAAAACUGGCUGAAGGAUCUACAGGAAGAAAUUGCAAGAAAUAGGGAUAGUAUGGUACUCUUAUCACCGAAUGCCAACUCCUCUCUUUUAGAAGAAAAUUUUGAUUUCUCCAGUCUUGACUACGAGUCAGAAGGUGACUUACUGGACGAUGACUCUGAUUACGUGCUGCCUCGCCACCUAGUGACUGACAGAUCAGCAACUGAUGAUGUGUCCCAUGGGAAUGGACAGCUGUGUACAGCACAAGCACCUGGAUCAAGUAAAGCCUCUAGUGCUAGUCCAAAGAAACCACAUUCAUUUAAAGAUGAUGCAGAUUUGUUGGCUUUAAAAAGAGAGCUACAGGAUGUUGGGGAGGUGCGCUCACGCUCCCCUAGCAGAUCACUAUCUGUUCCCAACAGGCCCCGAUCACGUCCACCACAGAGACCACCACCUCCAAAAAACAGCAUUCCAACAUCAGUACAGCCGUCAGUUAAGCUUCUCCCUGGUGCACCGCAAAAUCCUCCAAAGGACAAAUCUGGAAUUAGCAAACCUUACAAUGUAAAACAGAUUAAAACUACGACUGCACAAGAAGCAGAAGAAACCAUUAAAUGGCUCAUGGAGUCCAAAAAAGAAAAACAAGAAGAAGAUAUAAAAACUGGACUCCAUCGCAAUGAGAGUUUUCCAAAAUCAGAACCCAGAUCUGUAUCCAUCAAGGUGUCGCAUGGUCACGCACUAGAUGCAGAGACCGUGCUAGUCCCACAUAGACCACCUCCUAGGGUGCCUAGCUUGAGACCAGUUCCCCAUCAAAGAACUACUGUCAAUACUGAAGUUAAUCAAGAGCCGAAAACAGAACUUACUCAACAACCUGGUGCAGUAUCCCCUAAACACUUGUAUCAUGAUGGAAUCUCAGAUAGUUUAUUACCAUUGAGACCUCCACCUAAGGUUCCUCCAAAACCUGAACCUUCUGUAAAUGUAGUUGAUUCCAUUACCAAUCCAACAGUUAAACCCAAUUUGUGGAGUGAUGACCUUAUAAUAUUAGAUCCUGUGGAUGAGUCAACAAAAAAAGAUUCCAACCACCUCCCAUUAAAUAAAGUGGAAUCUACAUCUUCACUUCUAUUUAUCGAAAGACCUGAAUCCAUAACCAAUUCAGAUGAAAAUAUUGGGCCUUGUGAAACACAGCCAGGAAUGACUACAUCUUCAACUUCCUUGACUGUUUCUGUGACACCUCAAAAGGAGGCAGACUCAAAUGCUACAGAUAAUAGCGACAUUCCAAAAAUACGACCAGUACCAAAACCAAGAACAAUACUACCCCCUCAGAUGGUAAAGUCUCAGGAAAUCAAGAAGAGUGAUGAGAAUGCUUCUACUGCUCAGACUAAUGUUACAUCUGGGGAGAUACCCAACAGCAAUUCUUUAACUCCAGCAGUUCCCCCUCGAAGAAAGAAGUCUGCUCCAGCAGCUUUCCACCUUCAGGUGUUACAAAGUAUGAAUAGUUUGUCUCAAAAUGAUGUAGUGGCAAAUAAAAACAACAACAACAGUUCAACCGAAGGAGCUUUAAUAAAUAUAGAUUUUGGUUUUUUUGAUACGACAAGCACAAAGGACGAAAGUAAUCACCAAAACAAUUUUGCUUCACUACUAGAGCCUCAAAGAAGCUGGUCUUCUGAAGGAACUGGUUUUGAUGACAAUGUGACAUUUCAGUCCACAAGUCCUGGUACUUCAACAGAGCAGUUUACCGGUAGUGAGUUUAUGUUACAAGAUGAGGAAAAAAGUAAUAAUACAAUCCCCAAAGGAAAUAGUGAAUCUCCAUGGUGACUGCAAAUAUUUCGAAUUUUAAAGGACUAAGAAACGUAAGAGCAGAGCUCUUUAGAACAUUCUCAAAUAAUAAAUCUAUGUAAAAUUGUGGUUUAUUAGUACUGAAGACAUUUGAAUUAGUUUUAUCUCUGUAGAGAGACAUUUUCCUAAGGACAAUAACCUUUUCAUCCUGUGAUCUCAUUGAAGGAUGCUGCAGGCAGCCUUACCUUAUCUAAAAUGGCAGAUGCAUUUGUAGUUUUAAAUGUGAAAGGUACCAUGAAAACUUUUAUACACACACAUGCACAAUUGUUCUAGAUUUCGAGGGACCUCUAAAGAAACAUAUUAAAAUGUCUUUCUUUGCACUCACUGUCACAGUGGAAGUUCCUAUACCAUAUAAUGGAAUGGAAAACUAUACUAAUAGGAACUUUGUCAUGUUAAAAGUGCAGUUCAAUCUGUAGUCAGCAUUUUAGAUGGCUGUGCCGAUGGGUAUACUGUUGUUUAUGUGUCAGCAUCUGCUUAUUCUGGGCAAAGUAGUCAAGCGGGCUGUCCUACUGUGGAUUCAGGGAUGGUUGUCAACCACUUAAUAGGGUUGCCCAGAAUAAACAGAUAUUUAAUGGGAAUGUGUUAUCAGAUCUAUUGUUUAAAAUAAUUUUUUUCUGUUAAACUUGUUUUAAAGAAGUUUAGGUAAUUUUCAUGUUCCUAUUAAUGUUAAAGUCUUAAUUCUUGCAGUUUGACUUCCGCCAUUAAAGCGCAACUGUCACCAAAUUAUUCCCCCCCCCCCCCCAAGACUUCUACCA